UCGGACACCACUCGGAAUCUUGUCGGAAAACCACGGAUUUACUCUGCCAUUUUGAAAACGGUAAACGUUUUACUCUUACUAACUUAAUUUUGUUUGUAAAUAAUGUUAAAUAUAUCGAAGUAAGGUUACGUUGAGGUCCAGCAACCGCUAGAAGAUAUGGCGACGGAAUCGAAAUUCCCAAUUCAAAGCACUGCAGGAGCAGUUCCAGUCAAAAAUGAGAAGGGUGAACUAUCCAUGCAGAAGGUUAAAGUAACCAGAUAUGUAGCUGGAAAAAGGCCAGGAUAUGCUCCUUCAUCAAGUGAUGAAGAUGACGAGGACGAAGAUGAGUUUGUUCAAGAACAACGUGAACCAACUGAUAUCUUGAUGGACCGUCGUCUCAAAGAGGAAUAUGAUAGGGCAGAGGAAAGUGAUCGCAGAUUAAAGAGACUGCAAGGUCGUGAUAAGGCAGACAUAGCUGAAGCUGUGCGAGAAAGACAUCCUGAGGAGCCAGAAAUAUUAGCGACUGGCGAUGGAGAACAUUCUGAUGAAGAGGUUGGAGAUAUGAAAGGACCUCAUCCCAUGGAGGAGAGCAGUGGAGAUGAAGAAGAAAUUGAUGAUGAGGAAAUUGAGAGACGUAGAGCUGCUUUGAGGCAGCGAAUGGCAAGAAAAGAAGCAGAAACUGAUUUAUUGGAUCUUGAAGAUGAACCAAAGUCUGAUCAAGAUCAAAGUGACGAGGAAGAGUCGUCUGAAUACGAGGAGUACUCAGAUUCGGAGGAAGAAUUUGGAGCGAGAUUAAAACCCGUGUUUGUGCGGAAGUCUGAAAGGGUGACCAUUAAAGAACGCGAGAAGAUGUCUUUAGAUGAAGAGAGGGAGGAAAAGAAGAAAAAAAUAAUGGAGGAACGCAAAAGGACAUCACGAAAGUUGGUCGAAGACAUCAUUCACAAAGAAUUACAAGCUGAACAAGGCGUGGAAAAGGAGGAGGAAGUUAUCAAAACAGAUGAUGAAAACGAUGAAGAAGAGUAUGAAGCAUGGAAAAUUCGUGAAUUGAAAAGAAUCAAGAGAGACAGAGAAGAAAGAGAGUUAAUGGAGAAAGAGAAGAUGGAAGUUGAACGCCUUCACAACAUGACUGAAGAAGAAAGGUUAAUCGAGUUGAAAAAUAAUCCCAAGGUUGUUGUCAACAAAAUGCCAAAAGGCAAAUACAAGUUCUUACAGAAAUAUUAUCAUCGUGGAUCUUUCUUCUUGGAUGCUGAAGACAAUGUUUACAAACGCGAUAUUACGAAUCCAACGCUCGAGGAUCAUUUUGAUAAAACUGUCCUUCCUAAAGUCAUGCAAGUGAAGAACUUUGGACGAUCUGGUCGAACUAAAUAUACACAUCUUGUUGAUCAAGACACGACCUCAUUCGAGUCACCGUGGGCUCAAGAGAACACACUCAAUCUGAAGUUCCACGCGAAUCAUUCCGCUGCCAGCAAACAAACAUUUGAAAAACCUACCAAGAAACGAAAAUGAUGUUAGCGCAGCUAUUUUAACCUCAUUAUUGUGUAGUUGUGGCAUCAUUCAAGGUCAGCAUUCACAUAAGAGUGGGAAAUAUCGGAAACUUGUAUUCCUAAUCAAGACAUUGCUUUGUUUUUGAAACAUAUUUCUGAAACCGUGGUUUCCCGAACAUUUUGUUACAAAAACUUUAACAACCUUUGCUUCAACAGCCAAUUCUUGUAUAAAUACGUUUCUGUUUUCCUAGUCUUAAGCAUAAAGAUAUAAGAGUAGUUAUGGGUCAUCAAUAAGGUUAAUAUAGAAUAGAUUGGGGGGGGGGUGCAAGAUAUCCGAGAGAGAUGACCAAUCCCUUUUUACACCGGGGUGGUGUUAAAAUUCCUCGUUUGGACUGAUGAGGAUGAAUAAGAACUUUUACUGUAUGAAUCUAAAACGAUGGAAAGACAUCUCUCUUUGUCCCACUUGCAUUAUGCAUUAUCUUAAGACAUCUCUCUUUGUCAACACUUGCAUUAUGCAUUAUCUUAACAUCAAAAUAGCGCUAAGCGAAAAUCUUGGUGUGAUGCCAUAUGAGAAAACAGUUAAAGAUUUUUGAAAUGCUUUUAAAAACCAAAUAAAUAUGGCGGUAUUUUGCGACGA